CCUCAACUUGGUUAAUGGCCCUACAACGUAGCCCAUUCACUGCAUUUGUAUCAUUGCCAAAGGCUGAAAUGCACAUAGCCCACUUUGUUAAUUGUUGUAAAAAAGUGUUGUGCCUAUAGGCCAGAAAUAGAGCCCCAUACUUUGAGUUGAUUUGGGGAAAAUAUUUUGUUAAAUUCUGUUCUUUUAGUAGUCUUGAUAGAUUUAUGUGUGUUGCAACAAGUCUGUGUUGCCUUGAACUUUGGAGUUAGGGGGCUCUGGUGGAAAACGUUGAACUAACCAGGCUUCACUGUCCGUGGGAUAUAAACUUAAGUGCAGCCUUUACACCGAUGAUGACAGUUAGACAGUUGACGAUGGCAAAUUAACCCUUUUCAGUCUUUCCUUCCCCCUUCCUCUGUCGUGUCCACACUCCUUACCUAAAACCGCCACCUCCCCGUGCACGUGCGUCCUGUGGGAGGUUCCUCUUACCUCCCUUGCGUUAAACACUCCUUAAAUUGUAACGUUAUCAUAAACAGUCCGGCUUCGGGGGUCCAUAAUCUCCUCUCUCGGGCUUUACCGAGACUUCUCAUUGGACGUCAACACGCGACCAACGCGAGGAGGGGGGCUCCCGGACGCGUGCCGCUUUUUAAAUCGACGCCGCUCCUUGAGACACCAGAGAAGGAGUCCCGCACGCGACAGUCAUAUUCACACAGUGCGACAGCACCAGUGCUUGCCUCCAAAUAACUUUCCCACUGAUAUUAUUAGUCUGUUUUACUCUACUUAGAUUUUGGGGUUCUUUUUGGAAACAUGGAUGUCCGAUGUGUGGAAGAUUGGAGCAAAGGCACGCGGGAGGUGUCAAUCCUCGACUCACGGCAGCAGAGCCCGAGAGGGGUGGACCAGCUCGAGGAGUCCCGCUACGAUCCUGGGCUGACGCUCGUGGACGGCGGCAGUGACCCACGCGCCUGGCUGGCUCUGGUGCAGCCUUCUGGCACCUGCGAGGCACACGCCAUUACACCUGACUACCUGCGGCACUCGCCCUGCCCGAGCACCGGCUCCUACCAAGAGAGUGGCUCCCCGGAGUCUUCGGGCCACCCCAGCCCUCCCUGCUACAGAAAAACUGCCAAGAGCCCCUCCUCUUCUUCGCUCAAAGUCAGGGACCUGUGCCGUCUUAAAGGCACGGUCACCGGGUGCGAGGAGGACACGUCCACGAGACAGAGAGCCCCUUCCAGCAAACCCGUCGGCGGGGUCCAGAAGCAGAGGCGCGUGGCCGCCAACGCGCGGGAGAGGAGGAGGAUGCACGGACUUAACCACGCGUUUGACGAGCUGCGCAGCGUAAUCCCGGCGUUUGACAACGACAAGAAGCUGUCCAAAUAUGAAACUUUACAGAUGGCGCAGAUUUACAUCAACGCUCUGGCCGAGCUGCUCGAAGGCCCGGUCUCCUCCAGCGACAACCACGUCUCCAACAAUAACAGCUCGCCAAAGUCCGGCAUUACGCUUUCAUCCACCGUUAAUUUUGACGGGGCGAAGGACAAGGCGUCCCCGUCCCCUACACCCGGGAGGACAGCGGCGGCGGCGCCCGUCUCAGGUGGCAGCUUACCUGCCCACAUAGGCGGGAUGCCUUUCCGCUCGUCCUUCGACGAUAGUUCGUUUUCCGCCCUGGUAGAAGAAGCUAUGCGUUCGCCCUCUCCUUCUUCAUCCACUCGGGCUGGCAGUUCGCUCGCACUGGUCACAGGUGGCAGGAAGGAGUCUCCACGGAGCGACGGGGAGUUUUCCCCGCACUCCCAUUUCAGUGACUCCGAUGAAAUAGCGAUGGAGCUCCACUCAAGUGAAGAAGAUGACCUCUCAGAACUCAAGCUACCCAGACACCGUCAUCACGCCGUUUCUUUCUGAGUGAUUUAAAAAUAACAGACUAUAUUAAAGAUUCACUAUAGCCUGCAACAAAAUAAUGUCCAUAAACCGUGUCAAUCAUACGUUUAUCUGUUAGUAACAAAACGCAUUUUUAAGAGGAUAGAAACGUUUCCUGCUUCAGAAAAGUCAUGUUCAAUUUUUAACAAUAAUUCUACUUUGUCAACUUGUUGCAUAGUCUAAAGAUGAUUUUUUUAAAAAUGUGAGAUAGGCCUAAUUCGGUUCUGCCAAUAGAUGUAUAGCCUAAAAUUUCUGGUUUCCAUGGAGACGUGGCUUGAAGACCCCUCUGCCAUGUCGCAUGCAGCACUGCCAUGGGUAUCUCCCACGUCACUCCAACCAAAAACCUGUCUUCCACAAAAUCAUAACUUUACGGAUAAUUUCUUAUAUUUGAUAAUGUAAAAAUAAGUUUUGUAGCUAUAAUAUGAUUUUUGUUAUUAUGUUUUUAUUUGUUAAUUCGUAUAAUGUAUUUUGUUUUGCAACUUCAAAAGUUCAUGAUGUGCACUUUAAUAAUAUACGAGCCAGAGGCUUGAGAAAUGCGACUUUUGUUUUCAAACCAUAAACAAUAUUGUUUUGCUUUGUUUGCUAGUGUAGUACUGCCAAUUCCAUGCAAAUAGCCUAUUUAAUGUAGCCAUCAUUGCUGCCUUCUUUUGUAUUUGCUUUUGUAUCUUCAGAUGAACUUGUGUGUCUUUUGCUUUCACUGGAUGAGAUUAAUUGACAUGUAUUUAUUGCUGAAAUUUUUCAUUUGAUUUGCUUUUUAUAACUCAUAGUUAAAUUUUUGCCAUUUAUUGUUAUGUUCAUUUGAAUUUG